GGACACGCGACAGUCUCGACUGGUAGUGAUUCAUUCCAUAGUAGAAGGAUGGCCUGUUUAUGUCGCCCAAAAUUAACCUAUUUCUUUAAAUCAAUGGAAUAACAUACCUUUUUCAAGAUAUUUACUUUUGUCAUACUAACAUCAGACCUUCCGUACCAUGAAGUUGCUCCACAAAGACAUCGAGAAAGACAAUGCCGGUCAGGUGACCCUGAUGCCGGAGGAGGCGGAGGACAUGUGGCACACCUACAACCUGGUGCAGGUGGGGGAUAGUCUACGAGCCUCCACCAUCAGGAAGGUGCAGACCGAGUCGUCCACAGGUAGUAGUAGUAGUUCUCGCGUCCGAACCACCCUGACCGUAUGCGUGGAAACCAUCGACUUUGAUUCCCAGGCAUGCCAACUCCGCGUCAAAGGAACCAACCUCGAAGAAAACCAGUAUGUCAAGAUGGGCGCCUACCACACAAUUGAACUGGAGCUGAACAGGAAAUUCACUCUGGCUAAGAAAAUCUGGGAUAGUGUUGUCCUGGACAGAAUCGAACAAGCAUGUGACCCUACACAGAAGGCAGACGUGGCUGCCGUGGUGAUGCAGGAGGGGUUGGCCAACAUCGUCCUGGUGACCUCGGCGAUGACCCUACUGAGGGCGAAGAUCGAAGUGACCAUCCCUCGCAAGCGGAAAGGUAGCUGUACCCAACAUGAGAAGGCUCUAGAACGGUUCUACGAAGCUGUCAUGCAGGGAAUUUUGCGACAUAUAAACUUUGACGUGGUGAAGUGCGUCCUGGUGGGCAGUCCUGGAUUCGUGAAGGACCAGUUUAUCACCUACCUGUUCAAGGAGGCCGUUCGGCAGGACAAUAAGCUUCUGCUGGAGAACCGGCCGAAGUUCAUGACUGUCCACUCGUCGUCCGGACACAAGUACUCACUGAAAGAAAUCCUGUCAGAUCCCACAGUGACGAGUCGCCUAUCCGACACCAAGGCGGCAGGUGAAGUGAAAGCUUUGGAGGACUUCUACAAGAUGCUGCAACAUGAACCAGACAGAGCCUUCUACGGGCUGGCUCAUGUUGAGAAGGCGAGUGAAGCGUUGGCCAUUGACAUCCUGCUGAUCAGCGAUCAACUCUUCAGACACCAGGAUGUGGCAACACGCAGUCGAUACGUGCGGUUGGUGGACGGUGUGCGAGACAAUGGUGGGAACGUGAGGAUUUUUUCAAGCCUUCACGUCUCCGGAGAUCAACUGAACCAGCUGAGUGGAGUGGCCGCCAUCUUGCGUUUCCCCAUUGCAGACAUGUCGGAGGCUGAGGAGGACAGCAGCUCUGAUGAAGAGUGAUGUCUCCGCAGCUCUGUCUUCUCUUAGCCACUCGCCACGCUGUGACAGGCAAACAGGACAGACAGACAGACAGAACAGAACAGGCAGACAGGAAAAAAGGAAGAUCGAAUUCACACACACACACACACACACACACACUACACUCUCAAUUGCAUGCAACCUUGCUUUGUAAAGCACAUACUACAGUUGCAAAUGGGCAAACAUGUGCCUUGGCGUGGUUUUGGAAUUUUUAUCAUGUUCCACAACAAGGUUCUGGACCUUUCACUGUGUCCCUUGAUGGUUCUGGAACUUGUAGCAGGCCCUUGACAUUGGUUCUGGAACCUUUAGCCUGAUGUGGGCCAGAUCGGCACCAAAAGCGGCUCUAGCUUGGCUCAGGGUCACACACACAAUACAGGGUGUGAUCAGAAUUAGUCUUAAAAUGGUUCAGGCAAAAACACUCAUACAGACACAAGUGCAGACAUAGAAACCGAUGUGUGUACAUUGACCUCUACAGACAUUGACCUCUGCAUACACACACACACACAUGGGUUCUCUCUCUAACACACACUGGGGUUAUUGUGGGUGGGUGGGUGCUUGCUUGGGAAAACACUGGUGCAGAUUUGGGGAAUUGGGGAAAUAUGCCGUGAAACACACUCACAGGCAUGACACAGCUCAUCUCAAAAAACACAAGACUGAGGUUGUCAAGCACUUACAUCUCUGUCUCACUCCUCUGCAAAAACAUUACUUGCUUCUUCUGUUAACUUGCAGUUCUGCAAAUAUACACACACACAUACACAGGUCAUGUGUGUGUGUGUGUGUGUGUGUUGGAAUGGAAUUGAAGCACAGUUUUUGGUGUGGGAUGGAACGCAAGUUGUUAGGAGGGAUGAAUCUGGUCCACCACAGCACUGGCCAGAGUUCUGUUCCCUCUGCUUUGUUGCCAAAUGGAAAUACAAGAAAACCUAACUGAAAUAGAGAACACUUACAACCACUGUGGAAGAUGAGGUGAUAUGUCGUAAUAAAACUGUAAUUAUUACCCAGAAACGACUAUGCUGACACAUGUACAUUUCAUUUUGAAUGUAUAUAUGAAAAUAUCUUGCAAUUAAACAAUAUAGCAGUUUGAGCA